AUGGCCCCACCAAGUCCGGGUACAAAGCGCGUGCUGCGCAAUAAAUCCUCCGUGAACCAGACCGAGAAGAACGAUGCUGCAGAAUCGAAGGGCAAGUCGCAGAAAGCAGUCAAACAUCGACAGCGCAUGUCGGCUGAGACGGGGGGCGAUGACGAGACGCAACACCAUGGGCCAAGCCAGCGAGCUUCGGGACGCAGUGGCAAGAGAACCGCCGGCUCCUGCGAACAGCAAAAGCGGGCCCCGCCGCCCAAGCUUGCCCCCGAAGUCGUUGCAGCCCUCGACAAGUUUGUCCAGCAUAUGGAGAAGCUUGGACCGACGGGGAUGCUGGAGGAAUUCGACGCCAACAAGGCCUACCUGCCAUCCGAUGUGAAAUGUGAAGUCGCCAACAAAUAUCCGGAGAAGAACAGAUUCAAGGACGUGCUUUGUCUCGACUCGACACGUGUCGUUCUCCGAAAUGACUAUGGCAAUUACACAUCGGCUGACGGCGAUUAUAUCCACGCAAACUGGGUGAUGGCCGACGAUCUGGAGCGGAAAUACAUCGCCACUCAAGGGCCACUGCCAGGCACUAUCGAAGACUUUUGGAGGAUGACGUUUCAGGAGAAUGCCACCAGCAUCAUCUGUCUGGGCCUAGCUGCCGAAGCGAACGGCAGUGGCUUCAACGAGUACUGGCCAGCGAAAGUGGCCGACUUCAAGAACUACGGCAAAAUGUUCGUCAACAACAAGAAGGUCGAAACCGACCCGAAAUCGAAGGGCCUGACCAUCUACACGCUGGAAGUGCUGCCGGAUGGGUGCUCGAACUCGAACGUCAUCAAGCUGAUCCACUGCCCAGGAUGGGCCGAUCAGAGCGCCGCCUCUUCCGGGCACUCCGCCAUUAGCAUUUUGCGGUUGAUGAAGGAAAGCGGCUCGGGAACUACGGUAGUCCACUGUUCAGCCGGAAUCGGUCGUACUGGCACUCUCAUCGCCAUCGACAUGAUCGCCACGCGGCUCUUGAAGGGUAAAGAGGUCAUGACGCUCGACGUCUUCAAGGAGGUGCGGAAUUGCCGUGCCGGUGCCGUCCAGACUGCGCCGCAGUAUCUGUUCAUCUACAGCACCGUGCUCGACUACAUCAAGGCAAAAUCGGGUGAUAAGCAUGCCGCGUUCCGCCAGAAGUUCUACAAGCUGCUCCAAAAACUUGCU